AUGGGCUCGAUAGUUAUUAUUUUUGGUCUUCCUCUGCCCGUUGGUAUAGUAAACAGAGAGCGAGUAGAGAGAGAGAGUGGAAUUCAAACGGAUCAUAUCAUCCCGCCACUGACAGAAACUCAGAGGAAUCUUCGUUCGGAAGCCAAUCUAGAAAAGAAGAUGAUGGAGUUUCCUUCUACGACGGAGAUAACGGUUGCUUCUUCUCUCCUCCUCCUUUCCUAUGGGCCGGUGUUCAUCUCACCUACAAGGUCGAGAUCUGUGGAGGAAUCGAGCUAUGAGAGCAAGUGGUGUGACGAAGGAACCUCGAAUCUGAGCUUGAGUUUGCGAUCGGGAUCGUGCGGAUCGGCUCUAUCAAGCGAUGGUAACAAUCGCGGAAGAGAUCUAUUCCAUCUCAUGGAUUUCAAGAUAGCAAGAAAACGCCGUUCUCAGGUCACUUGGGGAUCUUUCAACUUCGUGAACUCUGUGUGUAAUCUCUUCAUAUGCUCUCUUGAUUCCAAAGAAGAGUCGUCAUGCUUGUCAACUGCUUCCAGCGAGGUUACCACCACUGCAGGCAGAAUCAAACUUAGAAACCAGAAAAGUUACGAGAAGGUAAGAGUAGACGUGAAGAAGAAGAAGAAGAAUGAGAGUAGCAGGUCGAGUUCUAUACGGCGUAGAGCAAAAGACAUCUUGGAGUUUCUUUCCUCAGCUUCUUCUGCUUCUGAGGUUGAUAUCCGUCAGGUUCUUGGCAACACACCAGAUACAAGCAAAGCUCUCAGAAUGUUGUUGAAGAUGGAGGAAGUGAAGAGGUUUGGCACAGGAGGAACACUUGAUCCUUAUAUUUACAAGAUUGCAUGAAAAAACUAGGACGUUGCUGGAAGCAGGUAUGAGUUAUACUAUAUCCCUCUGCAACCUUAUGGUUAUAUAUACAGUCUAAGUUGUCCUGAUAAGGGAAAUGAAAACUCUAUAUAUGCAUAUACUGUAGAUGGCUAGAUAUACAUAUGGCAUAGAUCGCUAGAAUUUAUAAGUGGGCUCUGUUACACGAACAAAACUUAGCUUCACCCCCUAAGGUGAACCUCUACAUUCACCCACCAAUAGGAAUUAGUUAAUUGAGAUUUGAUAUCUCUUAAAAAAGGAAACCAAGUAAUAAGAAUUUAAUGAAAUAAAAUUAUAUUUUUAGAUAAAUAAAAAUAGUAGCAAUUAUAAAAAAAAUAUUUCUUUUUAGUAUUGAUAAAUCCGUAAAAAAAUACUAGACCCUAAACCCUAAAUUCUAAAUACUAAACCCUAAACUCUUGGGGAAAGCCUGAACCCUUGGGCAAAUCUUAUACCCUAAAUCGUUAAUCUUAAACCCUAAACCAUUAAUCAUAAACCAUAAUAUUAAACCCUAAAUUCUAAACACGAAACCCUAAAACCCUAAACUCUUUGACAAAUAUUAAAUCAUAAACUCUUAAUCCUAAGCUAUAAACCAUUUUGGAAUUUAGGAUUUAGGGUUUAGUAUUAGAAGUUAUGAUUUAGGGUUUAGGGAUUAGGAUUUAGUUUAUGAUUUAAGGUUUGGUUUAAAUUUAAGGGUUUAGGGUAUAGGAUUUGCCCAAGGGUUCAGGC